AUGGAAGAAGACGCGCCUUCAGUAAGUACGAGUGACGAAAAGCCUAAAGAAGGUGAUUCUUCUGCCACAGGUGACCCUUCUGAAGGUAAAGCUGAAGAGAAGAAGCCUAUAGACGGCGAAAGUGAGAACAAGGAACCUGAACAGUCUGAAUUUAAGAAACCUAUAUUGGCUAAGAAAAGAACAGCCGACGAUGCUGUCGAAGGGCCGGAUAUCAAAAAGCCAAACGAACGUAAACUAAAGUUUGAAUCAACAUAUCUGAGGUCUAUACCGUCAGCGAGUCAGUAUGAAAAGUCUUUUAUGCAUCGUGAUAUCAUAACUGAUGUGAUUGCCACGGAGACUGACUUUAUCAUAACGGCCAGCUGUGAUGGUCAUUUGAAGUUUUGGAAGAAAAAAUAUGCUGAAGGAAUCGAAUUCGUAAAGCAUUUCCGUUGUCAUUUAGCUGCAUUCUCUCACUUAUGUACCAACUUUAAUGGCACCUUAUUAGCUACGGUAUGUCAACAGGAUAAGAAUGUGAAGGUUUUCGAUGUGGAAAACUUCGAUAUGAUCAAUAUCCUGAAAUUUGAUUUCGCUCCCAGAAGGGCUUGUUGGGUACACCAAGGGGCUGAUGCGGUCAACUAUCUUGCCGUGUGUGAUAGUGCUUCUGGUAAAAUAGUUAUUGUUGAUGGUAAAGGGACAAGCGCAGCUCUGCAUACACUGGAAAAACACCACUACGCACCUGUUCGGCAAAUCGAGUACAACCAUGCGAGGGACAUCGUAAUCUCCAUAGAUGAUACUGGAAUGAUAGAGUACUGGUCCGGAGCAAAACGAGAAUUCAAGUUUGCUGAAAAUGUAAAGUUCAAAUAUAAGACAGAAACAGAUCUGUAUGAGUUCAUGAAGGCUAAAACUGUACCUGUUUCUUUGGCUAUCAAUCACAAAGGCACAAUGUUUGCUACAUAUGGUGAAGAUCGGCGGAUACGAAUUUUCUCCUUACCUACAGGGAAAUUGCUAAAAACAAUCGAUGAAACGUUAUCCAAAUACCAGACAGAAUCUAAGGAACAACGAUCUUAUGGUUUACAAAACAUGGAAUGGAAUCGGCGUGUUGCCCUAGAAAAGGAAAUGGAUAAAGAUCGUGCAAAUGCUUUCAAGAACAUCAAGUUAUGCUGGGAUUAUUCCGGAUAUUUUGUGUUGUACCCCUCUCCAGUUGGGAUCAAGGUUUAUAAUGUAUACACUGAUUGCGUUGUUCGUGAAAUCGGAAAAGAAGAGACCAUGCGAUUCGUAGCUGUUUCACUUUGCAGAUCUGUGCCUGAUCUUCGAGCCCGGUUACAGGGAGCCGCAGUAACGAUUGAAACCGAAGCGGCUGAUAACCCAAAUCUAAAUAGAAUUGCUGAUCCCGAUCCAAUCAUGGUAUGCUGUGCCUUGAAAAAGAAUCGUUUCUACUUGUUCACGAAUACGGAACCCUAUUCAACCGACGAGUCCGACGAGUCGGCUACUAGUCGAGAUAUAUUUAAUGAAAAACCACGAAAGGAAGACCAGUUGACUGCUGUUGAGCAAGAAGGUGAUGUUGUACACGUCACUGAAGAAGCUGUAAUUCAUACAACUCUGGGUGAUAUUCGAAUUCGCCUAUUUCCCAACGAAUGCCCUCGAACUGUGGAGAAUUUCAGCACACAUGCAAGAAGAGGAUAUUAUAAUGGUUUAACGUUCCAUAGAGUGAUUAAAUCGUUUAUGAUACAGACUGGCGAUCCAACUGGAAAAGGUACAGGAGGACAGUCAAUAUGGGGAACAGACUUUGAGGACGAGUUUCACCCACGACUACGACAUGACAAACCUUUUAAGGUGUCCAUGGCAAACGCCGGUCCAAAUUCAAAUGGGUCUCAAUUUUUCAUCACAGUAUGCCCGGCGGAAUGGUUAGAUGGCAAGAACACCAUAUUUGGAGAGGUGAUUGAAGGAAUGAACGUGGUGCAAAAAAUCAAUCAAGUGCCAACAUUCGAAAAAAGUGGUCGACCACGAUCAGAGAUUUCUAUAAUGUCGAUUACUUUAAAGUAG